AUGUCCCUGAGAGCCUUGGUGGUGACAGGCUAUGUGCAGCUCUCCAGGCUGCAGGACGGCACCCCUGGGCAGGAAGAAGAGCAGGCAUGCACGUGGGGUGUAGCCUAUGAAGUCCGUGGGGAACAAAUUGCUGCAUCUCUCCAGUAUCUCAACAUGCGAGAAGCUGUCCUGGGAGGCUACGACACCAAGUUGGUGAAGUUCCACCCUCAGGAGAAAGAUGCGGAGGAACCCAUCCUGGCUCUUGUGUACAUUGCAACACCUCAGAACCCUUCUUACCUCGGCCCAGCAUCUGAAGAAGACAUUGCGGCUCAAAUCAUUGUCUCAAGUGGUUGUGCUGGUCAUAACAUUGAGUACCUGCUGAGACUGGCAGACUUUAUGCGCUACUUUUGUCCUCAAGCAGAGGAUAAACAUCUCUUCUCCAUCGAAGAGGCUCUUAUUUCCAUCCUUCCGUGCCUAUACCGCACAGAGGAGUCUCUAGAAGAAACUGCAAAUGUUCCUCAGAAGUCUAAGAGUUGAAAUAGAAAACUUUUUUGCAGGGUACCAGUAGAAGGGAUAUAAGGGAGAAAGGAAGCAAUGGGGACUAUCUUAACUGAUAAAAUAUACUGGACUGAGUGAAUAAAGGGAGAAUUAGCAAGUAGUAGGGGAGGGAGGAAGCGGAGUAAAACACGCUUGCUGUAAGACUUGCAAUUAGUACCUGUUACACUCCUUACCUGUAGCACCACGAUAGCCAUCACUGCUUUCCAGGUGGGGAGCAGGGAUCUUCGCUGGAACUUUGUAAGACUUGCUUCCAGGGGUCAAACCUGAAGCAAUCGCUUUCUUUAGAGAAGAGAGGCUCAUCUAUUCUGUGCACUUUUUUUUCCUUUAAAGACUAGUUGAGCAGGACUUAACUGGGUUUAAGCAGUAUAUAUGUACUUCUACCUCAGAUUGGCAAAAAGUAGUUUGUGUGGUGGUGGAGACUUGGGCAGGUUCUGCCAAAUAAGACCUCCUUUUUGGUUUUCUGUUUUUUUUUUAACCCUGCCAAGUCCAACCUCCAGUAUGAUGAUUAAAAAAAAAAAAGGAUAGAAUCAUAGAACCUGACGUUACACAUCAGGACUUCUGUGCAAUAUUAAGUGAACUGGCCUCUGUAGGCUCUUUGGAUCCUACUUCCUUAUGUUGUGAAGGGUCGGAGUAAUGCACUUAUUUUCUAAAAUGUCAUACUGUAUUUAUUAUGUGCUGUAUUUCCCCUUAGGGGGUUAUCUAAACUGCUCACGUGCCACAGUGGUAUGUAGCCCACAUUCAACCUUGCAUUUGUGCCUUCUAGUUUUAAAUCAGUUUUCUGAGGAGCUAAGCCUGCUUUAAUGACAGAAGCUUUUCUCCAAGCUUCGCUGACCUUGUGCUGCUACAGACUUAACAGAGUCUGUCAGAAACGGCCCUGCCUGCGUGGGAAGCCUGGGCUGCCUGCAGGAC